AUGGGUACACAGGUGUUGCGGGCGCAAGAUUUCUUGAUCCAUCGGAACCCGACCAUCUUUCAUCGUCGCCACAAACCUUACACUGCAAAUGGAACCACAUUUCCUAGACGGCAGACUAACAACAACGGUCACCGGAAAUCAAACGCAUGGAGAUAUUUGCAGAAGCGGAUGGGUUCGCCGGAGAUCAACAGAUCCGCCAGUACACCUGAGUUGACGGCCAAACAUCAAAAAGAGAAGCAGAGGCUGCCGGUGAUGACUUUGGAUAGAGUUAAUUCUAUGAACUGUGUUGAAAACAUCUCCGGCACCGGCAGGUUACGGAGUGCUCCGGUCGUUCAUGACGAUUGGUAUGCAGGGUCAACGUUCCUUUUGUCUCCGCCGCCGGGGUCCCUGCCACUCCCUUCGUUUUUCAACAAGAAGCAAGGUUCAGUCGCCAUUGAUAACAGUUUUGAUGACGUUGCAACCAAGGAUCUGAGGCAUUUGCUUCGGCUCGCGUGA